AUGUCUUCUCCCGGCCAGCCUGAAUAUGACAUUCGCAAUAACCACCCGUGGUAUCCUGAUGCCCGAAGGGCUAGGGUGGCCGUCGACUCAGCGAUUGGUGAUGCUAUGUUGAGUGGCACCGACCCGCAGGCGCUGUGUAGAGAGAAGGUCCCCCAGGAACCAUACAAGGGCCAGGAAACAUCCUUUGUCUCGCGCAACGCAUCGGCAGAUUAUCCGUCGACGGAAGGGGCGUUUGGGCUUGGUAUUCCCCUCACUGAAUGUCUCAAGCCUGCGGUCAAGAGCCGUCCCGACAUGCAGGUCCAGGCGUUCCAAGAGCUUCCCCAGAAAACUACCAAGAUUACGCUUCGCAUCAAUUGGCCAGGUAAAUACGAGGAGUACAGAAGCGGACAAUACAUCGUCAAGAACGCCAAAGGUAUUAUCAGCAAAGCAAAGUUGGCCGAAAUUGUUGCUCUGGAAGUGCAGAUGAUCAUCAGGAACCAAAAGCUCGUGGUCAAAGAUGGUGCCGUUGUCGACCCCGUAUGGAAACUUGGGGAUGACGGUAUUCGUUUCGAGGAGAUCUAUCUCACCGAGAUCAGGCAUGUCUCGAAGGCGAGCCUGCAGCCCCAUUUCGAAAUCGUCCGUCGCACUUGA